AUGCACAAUGAAAGCUUCACACGAGGGGAUCCAACCCCGCCAUACACGGACGCCACAAGAGCUCCAUUGCUCAUUGGCAUGACUGCAGGGUUUCUCGGAAUUGCAUUGAUUUUUGUCGCCCUACGUGUCUAUGUGAGGGCCGUGGUGUUGAAGAAAUGGGGUUUGGACGACACUCUCCUCGUCGUCUCAUACGCUUUGACAGUACUCACUGGUCUUGUCUUUUCGAUAUGCACCAUAUUUGGGCUUGGGAUGCAUGUCUGGACAGUUCCCAUUGAAGUACAGCAGAAUGGUCGCAGGGCAACGAUCGCUGCAACUUUAUCAUACCACAUUACCUUCAUUUUCGUGAAGAUAGCUUUACUCCUUUUGUACCGACGAGUAUUUGCUCAUCCCACGUUUUGUCUUGUUUGCGACGUAAUGCUAGGCUUUAUUGCGGUGUUUGGUAUUGCCGUAGUGGUGUCAUCCGUCGUUAUCAGCGCACCAGGUUGGAGAGGCGACACUUUCGAGUUUGAGCGUUACGACCAGGGGGCGUGGUGGAUGGCAACAGCUGCAGUUCACUUGGUGACCGACAUGAUCAUAUUCUUCAUGCCGAUUCCGCUUUUGAGCAGCUUGAAUUUGAAACGAGCUCAAAAGGCUGCGCUGAUUGUUACAUUUGGCGUUGGAUUCAUCACGACGGCCAUCUCUGUUGUCAGGAUGUCUACUCUUACUCAUGUAUUCACAGCUGAUGUAACGUGGGAUGUGAUUCCAUCCCUGAUCUGGUCCGAGGUUGAGCUCUGCUGCGCCGUGAUUUGCGCUUGCAUACCGACACUUCGGCCUCUGCUUCGGUCUCCGAGAUCUACUUGCUCGCAAUAUUACAACCGACAACGAUCUGAAGCAAGCGCUGAGGCGAAACUAUCUCACAAGCGGAUCAAUGGGGGAACAUUCGGGAGCCACAGUCAGCAAAGCAUCCAAAAUACAACGGCGAUGGAUCUUGAUGUUGACAUGGAGAAGGGCUUUGAGGCGAACAUGGAGCCGGAAAUGCCACCAGAAGCGCCCUACAACCAGAAGGGGAACAUUCAUGGGUUGACUAUUGUGACAGACAUCACUCCAGCGAUGCCGGCUGGAGAGUCGGAUGAUGGAUCUGACGUGUUUGGGCCGCUAGAUGAAGAGCUCGUCACACCAUUGAGCCCGCCUCCGAGGUCUUAUACCAGCCCUGCAAGGCUUCUUCCUCAGUCCCGGCCGUUAUCAGGAUCAUCCAACGAGCAGCGAGGAGAGUGGCGCUAA